UCAGGCCCCCUGGGGCACUUGUGAGGGAGAUUCCAACCUUCUGCUUGCCUUCUUGGCACCUUUGGAAUAACUUGGCUUCCCUGCCUGGGGUAUACACACACUGUUGUCCUCCAGUUUGCGCUGCAGCUUCCCAAGAUAGAGAUUUUCUGGAGGUGGAGGUAGCCAACACAGCCCUUGGGCCGGCCUAACCCAAGGAGACUGGUUUCAUCCACUCUCCACUGGCUGCAUUUGAACCUUUGAAGGUUAAUUUGCGGAUGGGUCUGCAGUUCUUCCUGGUGGCCUAAGAUACCUAUUUGCUGGUGGGGUUGCUUGCAGUUUGUCUUUUCUCCCUUAACACAUCACAGCCCAGCCCUGUAGUCUGUCUGUGCAGGUCUCUGUGCCUACAGAAGGAUGGAGAAGACCUUUACCUUUUCACAGGUACCUUGUGGUACCUCUUCACUCCACUCUCCUGCCUCCUCAUCCUCUGAAAACUCUCUUACAGCUCCACCGGCCGCUUCCUUGUUUCACUCUGGAUGAUCCAUACUGCCACCACCUCAGCCCAGCAUACAACUGCCUGCAUGACCCUGUCCUUCAGGACUACCACAAGCGCAAGGAUGUGCUGCAUUUGCUGAAGAAACGGGGCUUUGUCACCAGAGAAAACAAGCAUGGCCCCAGCCUGCCAAGAAUCACCAACACUUCCUAUCAGGGGAAGCUGCAGCCUCAAAAGCCUUCCAAUGUACCCAAGAGCCAAAAACUGGGGGCAUGCAGAAAAGGGAGAGCAGCUCUGAACAAGGGCCAAACUUACUCCAGAGCUAAGCUGGGGCAGAAGGAUGCCAGCACUGCUGCUGACUCCCAGAGGAAGCCAGAUGGCACUGACAAUGGCCUCUUGAAUGCUAUGUUUGAGCAACUAACUGCAGCACAAGCCAAGAAGCUUGAAGAGCUAGUUGAGACUGUGGUGUACAGAGUGUUUGAGAGGUUGAAGAUUCCUAGGAAUCAGCAUGGCAGCUUUUUACAGAGGGUUGCCCAGGGAAUCAGAGAAAGACUUUUAGGCCGCAGGAGAGUAGAACUUUUGGAUACUUCUCUAGAUCACCAUCAGAAAAUGGAAGUGAUGGCGAAAGAGCUUGUAGCAACAGUGUUGGAGAUCUUGGGGGACCGUCUGGCAUCCAGCACAUCCAAAGCUGCUGAGGCAGGGGUGGCAGCCAAGUGGGAGGACCUGCCUCUUGCUGGAAGAGCCACCCAAGCAGACAAAUCCAAGGACACUGCAGACAGAGUACUUUCAAAGACCUCCCUUGACACACUCACCAGAGAAGUUGUUGAGAGUGUUCACUACACCUUGGAAUCCUCUGUAACUUCUCAGUUUGAACAAGACACUGGCGGUGAGUACACUGAAAUCCUGGAGCUUCCUGGGGGAAAUGUCUCCAACAGACAAGUGCAGUCAUCCCAACCAUGUCGAAGGCAGGACACGGAAGCUGGACAAGGAUUCCCCAGAGCAUCUGAACAGCAGAGCCUGAAAGCAAUGGUGAAGGAGAACUUGGAAAGAAAAAGGAGCCUAAAUUCAACAGCCUUAGCCAACACUUUGGAAAUAAGGACCAUGUCAAAUCGGAUUGCUGACUCAGUAUUAGAGCGGAUCAGUCAACCAGGGCCUGCAGCAGCCCUCAACAAGAACUAUCAAGGGCCUGUUGCAAACCCACCCACAUCCCAAGGUGGAAUGGAGAGCUGUGACACUGAGGACAUUCUCCCUACCUUGGACCCAUCGCCUUCCCAACAGCCCAUCCCUCCAGCCCAGGCCAGAGCACAGCACCAAGCAAAGCGCCCAAAGUUCAUCUGAUGCAAGGUGUGAGGUGUGUGACUGGAGAGCUGAAGAGCCCUCAG